AUGGCGCGAACCUCGUCAUCGAAGAAGAAGCGCAAAGACGAAGAGGAUCCAAACCCAGAGGUGACGCAGCGCAAGAGGCUCAAAGCCCUCGCCUUCUCCAACAACCUACUCUCAGAGGUCCCUGCUAAGCCCCACGCGCCUCUCACCCCCUCAAACACUGUUGUUAAGCACCAUGGCAAAGACAUUCUCAAGAAAUCUCAGCGAAAGAACAGGUUCCUCUUCUCCUUCCCUGGCCUCCUUGCCCCCAUUGGAGGCGGUAAGAUCGGUGAGCUCAAGGAUUUGGGCACCAAGAACCCCGUGUUAUACCUCGAUUUCCCUCAGGGUCGGAUGAAGUUGUUUGGGACUAUUGUGUUCCCCAAGAACAGGUAUCUGACUAUGCAGUUCCCUAGGGGUGGGAAGAGUGUCAUGUGCGAGGACUACUUCGAUAAUAUGAUUGUAUUUUCCGAUGCUUGGUGGAUUGGGACACAAGCUGAGAACCCCGAAGAAGCCCAACUUGAUUUCCCUAAGGAACUUACUGAGGGACAACACGCAGAAUAUGACUUUAAAGGUGGUGCAGGUUCAACAUCUACAAACAAGCAAAGCGAUCAUAAAAAUGAAACUACAUAUGUAGAACAUUCCCCAAAUGUUAAGGUUGAAGAUAAUGUAUCAGAUGAUGGAAACAAGGAUUUGAUGAGAGCAACACCUGUUCGACAUUCAGCAAGAACUGCCGGAAAACGAUUCAAUUUUGGAAAUGCUUCUUCUGGAGAUGAUUCUUUUGAAAGCGAUACUCACUUAAGUGAAGGAGAAGAUGAAAAAAUUGGGGGACUUGAUUCACCAUCCGGGAAGCAUGCUAGUGGGAAUAUCCUUAUAUUUAUACAGACUGAAAAUCUCAGCUUUGGAGACGUUGACAUUGAUAAUGAGGAUUCUGCGAAAGGAGCUCAAAUUCCCAAACAAAAUCAGGAGUCCUCUGUGUUAGAAGCUAAAUCAAAGAAACAAUCGCAUUCUGCCUUUGCAGUGACUACAUCUGUGGAGGACUCUCAUAGAAAUCACAGUUCGCUUAUUCAGGCUACUAUAUCUACAUUGUUUAAUAAAGUGGAGAAAAAGAAAGUGGACUCCAUUAUGCAAAGUCAAGUACAGCGUCCUUCUUCAAAGGUUCAUGAAACACCAAAAAAUCCAAAGAAACCUGCAUCCCCAAAAGUUUCUGGCCAGAAGUCGCGCCAAACUGAUUCAAAGAAGAAGGUUAAUCAGGAUGGACGACCUAAGGAAAAGGCAAAAACUAUCGAGGAAAAGGAUUCAGGAGGCAAAAGCUUGGCAAAGAAAAAACAAGAUGAGGUUGAAGAGGAUGAUAUUGAAGAAUUAUCAAGUAGCUCACAGGACACUGAUCUUAGUGAUGAGGAUUGGGCUGCUUGA